ACAAUGGACGGCAUCCUCAUGCAUUGUUACGAUCAGGAUCUGCUCCGGGUUAACCAGUUAGUGGCUGCUGGCAGCUCGGCCCUGCCAGGCAGCACGGAGCUCCAGACCCCCGGCCCUCCCAAUGAGUUAACAACACAGUGCCGCCCUCCCCCACCCUCGGCUGCAGAAACAGCUCAUCACUGCGGAGGACCCUUAUGGGGAGCGCACCUAUGUGUCCUGGGUGAUUUAGAGAAGAAUUUCUCCUUUACUGUAAUGUAACCUCAGUGAGGUCUCCGGACAUGUCAGAAGUGGGAAGAACCCCCCGGAAAAGUAACAAAGUCAGGAUGAUUGUCCAGAACUCUGCAGAUUCUUUUUCACCUUCACUAGUUCGACUCUCCAUUCCAAAAGUGCCUCUGACCAAGAAGAGGUGAGCGCUCUCAUUGUGCAGUAUAGUCCACACAUACACAAAGGAAAUCUGAUGAUGGGUCAACGGACAACUCUGACAAAGAACGAGGAGAUCAGGAUUCAAGGCUGUGGGGAGGAUGGACUAUCAUGGCUCCACUCAUCAUUGAAGAACGAGCCACCUCAGGAGGAUGAACUGUGCACCCGGUACCAAAAGAACGAGGUGGCCACUCAGACCCAGCCAGUGUAUUGUUUUACCACAGUCGAUGAGAUGAUGGAGUUUCUAAAUGGCAGCAGUAGGUGUGAGGAGCAGUGUCUGGAGGACGUCUCCAUGGAUGGUGACCAUGUGGACCAGGCUCUGCCUAACGAUAAUCACAUGAGGACUCUGAAACUGGAAGUGGAGGAAGAUGAUGAGCAAGCUGUCAUCUCACCCCUCUACCCUCCUGUACACUGUUCCCUGACCUCCAGCCCCCCAUUCCCUGUUGUCAAACGUCGGAGAAAGCAGCGUUUUCACUGUGACUGGCAAGGAGCCGUGACCACCAUCAGUUCCCCCAGUGUUCCUGCUCACGCCAUGGAGCUGAGGGUGGAUGAAGACCUCGCUAUGUCUAUUCGUAGACAAGUGGACAUUAAUAACCCAGGACCUUUUGGCUGGCAGCUGGCAAAACUGUUGUUUUCUGAGGAGGAACUUUACGGGCACAACUUUAAUGGCACUGAUCAGAAGAUGCCCCUGAGCCCAAGACGGGUUCACGCCAUACAGCACGCCUUCCAUGACUAUUUCCCUAAAGAUAUGGUGGAUGAAGCCCUGGCUAAAGGACGCACUGCCAUCAACCAGGGGAUACGGAACAUGUUCUAUGUCCGCAACCGCAGAGAUGGAGACUUGCCUUGAGAUGCCCAACAUCAGCCACAUAAGGUCCCAGUUAUCACUCUGAGACAAACGUGUCAGAUCGCAACCAAUCACAGCUCAAAUUUCCCUUUUCACAUUGCUCUUUUAAAAUGAAAGGUGAGUUGUGACUGGUUGUGAUCUGUGCAAAACAUUAACCAGACUGAUAAAUCCUGGACCAGCAUCCAAUUGAAACCAGCAUCACUUAAAGGGGUACUCCACUGGCCGAACGCUGUUUUUGUGCUGGGGGUGGUCAGCCUUGCCCCUCGUGACAUCACUGACACCCCCCCUAAAUUCAAGUCUAUGGGCCGACCCCCCCCCUGCAUCGUGAAAACAGCAUUCGGAACAUUUACUUCCAAACGCUGGCCAUUGGAAUACCCCUUUAAGCCAACCCAGUGAUACUUUAUAACUUUAUAUUAACAUAACCCACCAAACUACACUCCACAGACACAUCAGAUUAACCCAUUGGGGCCUUACUGUGUUUUUUUUACUACAUUACACAAACCAAAAAUAGCUUUACUGUAAUGCAAAUUAUAAAUAUAUUAAACACAUUUAAAAUAACAUAAGUAAUCUAUCCAUAUAUACAAAGUUUUUAAGGGCCAACUGCCUCCAAGUAAAGAAACAUUGUGGUCGUGACCUCCAAAUGUAAUGAAGCGAGCUAGAUUUACCCUAAUCUCUAGAGCAAUGCGGCUUGAAUUAGAGCUGUCGUAAGGUACCUAUGCCUAAAGUAGGCAUACCCUAUAGAAGAGGAAGUAUAAGAGAAUGCUUUGAAAAUUGGUGGGUAGGGCAUGUUAUGUAUUGUUACAUAACAUUAACAAUAUGAUGACUUUCCAGAAAUAGUGACAGAACCUAAGUAUGAGAGAAUAACACAGUGAUGAUAUCAUUCUUACCUCCUGACACUAUCUUUGAUGAGGUGUCAAAAACAACAGGUGAGAAGUGCAUCCCACCUGAAGGCGUGACAGGUCAUGAGAGGUAUACAACCGCAUGUGUAACGUAUGUAUAUUGUCCUGAAGACAUGUCAGAAACAAUAGGUGAGCAGUGUGUCCCACCUGAAGGUGUGACAGGUCAUGAGAGGUAUACAACCGCAUGUGUAACGUAUGUAUAUUGUCCUGAAGACAUGUCAGAAACAAUAGGUGAGCAGUGUGUCCCACCUGAAGGCGUGACAGGUCAUGAGAGGUAUACAACCGCAUAUGUAACAUGUAUAUUGUCCUGAAGACAUGUCAGAAACAAUAGGUGAGCAGUCCGUCUCACCUGAAGGCGUGACAGGUCAUGAGAGGUAUACAACCGCAUAUGUAACAUGUAUAUUGUCCUGAAGACAUGUCAGACAUGUCUGUUCAGACUGCUGUCUCUGAUGUGAGUGCUC